AUGUUCAAGUUGUUCAUCAGAAACGGAGUGCCGCGGCUGCCUGGAGACGUGACCUUGCCCCACGACACCCGCUUCAUUGAUUGGGUGGCUGUGGUCUAUAGUUAUAUCCCGUUUGUGAUUCCCUUGCUGGUCUUCUGCGAACUCCUCAUUACUCGAGGAACGCGACAGCUUUCCAUCUUGCUUUUCACAGGCAUGACCACCUUGGCCAACGAGCUUUUGGUGAAGCCGUUUUGCGCCUUGCCACGCCCUGGAGCCCUUGGCCCUGCUCCUGGAGUUUUGACCAACUCCUUGGGCGAACAUGCCGGCAGCUGCAACACCUCCUGUGGGAUGCCCUCCUCACAUUCCACCAUGGCCAUAGGCUUUCUUAUGCUGACCAUGUUUGAUGGCAUCAUUCGAGUGAAGCCCGACACCUUUUUGCUCUCACAGGAAGAGGUCGAAAUGCAACAAACGCUCAGGGAGAUGAUCUCGGUCACGCCACUAGCACCCAAGCGAGUGAUGGGCAACACGGAGUUCUUGGGCUUCUUCUUCACCUGGAUGAUUCUGCUGGGCAUGCUACAGCACAACUACGCUCCAGUGGCCAUGCGCGUUUUCGUGCGCUGCCCCAGAUUGGCCGAUCCGUCUAGCGUUGUUUUCACUUCAAAGAAGCGAAUCGGACGGCGCCAACCAAGUGCCAAAGGCGCUCGGUCAAAGGUGCUCCACGGCCAAAGUGCUGUGGAGGAGGCGAGUUUGCAUCCUGUUUUGGUUGCCAUGCGACAUGCCGCCCUUGUCCUGGUCGCAAUAGCCUUUUUGAGUGUGCACAGUCAGCGCUUGUACCACACGGAUGGUGCUUGGGCUGCUUUGAUCGAUGGAGCUGUGACCACCUGGGGUGACCCAGAGCGUGGUGGUGUUUCGCUUGGCGACACCGGUGUCCUCGACGACGUGGUCGACCUCGUCGCGACGUCUAGUGCCUUCGUCGCCUUGAAGAGCGAUGGAUCACUCGUGUCCUGGGGCCGUGCCGACGAAGGAGGCACCGUGCCGAACAGAGGAGACGGUCCGACACCAGCCGACACCGAAGAGAGUGUGGUGAAGGUGGUGGCCUCCGCCCACGCGCUGUGUGCCUUGCAGGCGGAUGGAUGCGUGAUCUUCUGGGGGCGUUUUGGAGAAGUCUCUGCGGAUGCAGUUUGGAAGAACUCUUCACAAAGUUGUGGAGUUCGUGACAUUUUUGCUUCCACCGAAGCCUUUGCUGUGUUGAAAUACGAUGGUGCUGUGAUCACCUGGGACGAAGAAGGUGAGCACCUACAGCACGUGGCUGUCUCACCUGACAGCGAAGGUCUUGGGGAAGCCCCUUCCGUGUCGAAUCCGGUCAUUGACAUGGUUGGAGGCUUUCAUUCCUUUGCGGCCCUGAAAAGUGAUGGAACCGUGAUAACGUUCGGGCACCAAGAGUACGGUGGAGAUUCGAGCUCUGUACAAAAAGAUCUGAGGGAUGUGUUGAGGAUUGAGGAUCGGGGGAUCUUUCAUCGUGGCUUUGUUGCAUGGAAGGCCAAUUCCACGGCUGUGAUUUGGGGACACGAAAAGUCAGGGGUCCCGCUGUCUUCCCAAGUCAUCACUGGCGUGCGACAAGUGGAACUGAUGCUCAGGAGGCACUGGGCCGGUGCAGUCUUAAAGACUGACGGCACGGCCUUCGCCUUUGGCAACGCACUCUGGGCCUUCGGCGACGUGGGCGAGGCCCAAGGACGCUUGCAAAAUCUACGGCAGAUCCUUUGCCCCAGAUACGCCUGUGCAGCACUGCGAGAGGACGGCUCAGUGGUGACUUGGGGCCAAAAGGCCUUUGGUGGGUCUGGUGGACCUGGUGUGCAGAACGUCUCGGAGCUCUUUGGCACCCCGUAUUCCUUUGUGGCGCUUCUUCGCGAUCCAAGGCACGGAUCUUCCUCGGAAGGCCUUCAUGCGAUCGCUUGGGGUCACAGUCACUAUGGUGGAGAUCUCAACUUUCCAGAGCGACUGCCGCGAGCGCUGCACAAUGUCAAGACCAUCCACAGCCAUUGUGAUGGCCUCAACAAUGGUGUUUUCAUUGCAGAACGCAAUGACCAUGAUGGACUGCAAUUCCAAGCUUGGGGAGAUCCCAGGUAUGGUGCUUCAUUGCCAUCGUUCAACACCGCCACCAGUCGACUCCUCUUUGGGCCGCCGAAUUUCACCAGUACCACCCGAAGUCGCAGCAGCACCACCCGAAGUCGCAGCAGUACCACCCGAACUAGUCGGUCAUCCACAACCACCACGAGUAGCGCAACCACCACCACUGCCACCACCACCACUGCCACCACCACCACUUCCACCACCGCUACUGCAACCACCAAUACUGCAACUACAACAACAUUAACCACGGGCACUGGGACGUCAACAACCACUAGUAUCUUGACGCCUACGUGA